AUGAAUUCCCAUGGUCACUGCCUUUAUCUGACCAACCCCCGCCAAAAGAAAGGGAGCUGUAGAUGGAUACCCCCAAGAGAAAGUGGACAGGGAUCCUCGGCUGCCAGGCUGCAUCUCCCAGAUCCUAGAACUCUGUACUGCCGAACCCCACCCUUCGCUGAGAUUCUUUCAGGUAAAACGCAAACUCUCCGAGUCCACAUCAAUACUACGAGUGACUCCAUUCUGAUGAAGUUUCUUCGACCAAGUCCGAAUACAAAACUGGAAGGCUUCGUCUUGGGUUACGGCAGCAGCUCUUAUCCCAAUCAGUACAUUCCACUGCCGGCAGAAGGCAAAUCCUCCGAGGCUGUAGUCGAAGCGGAACCUAAAUAUCUGAUAGUGGUGCGGCCAGCCCCGACUUCCAGCCGGAGGAAGACGUGCUCAGGUAAAUCCCGUCAACGGAAACCUCUUCAUUUGGUAGUGGGCACUCUGUCGCCCAGCUCAGUGUUCCUGUCCUGGGGUUUCCUCAUCAACCCACAACAUGACUGGACUCUGACCAAUCACUGCCCUAAUGACAGAUUUUAUACAGUCCGCUACAGAGAAAAGGAUAAAGAGAAGAAAUGGAUCUUCCAGCUCUGCCCAGCCACGGAGACAGUCGUUGAAAAUCUGAAGCCCAACACGAUUUAUGAGUUUGGAGUGAAAGACAACAUGGAAGGGGGAAUCUGGAGCAAGAUUUUCAAUCACAAGACUGUUUUAGGAACAAAAGGCAAAGGAAAUGGGAAAAUCCAAAGCACCAUCAGCCAGAUCCAUACUGCACCACCCUAUAUUGCAAAGAAGCUAAUUCCCAUUACAGUAAUCAAACAAGUGAUACAGAAUGUCACACACCGAGCCUCUUCAAAAUCUCCGGACCGGACUUCCCUAAGAGGAGCCAUUCUAGUUCACCUGAUUGUUCCAGGUCUUAAUGAAACAAGUCUGAAACUCCCUUCAUCCAUAAUGUUGGACAUUUCACAGGCAGUCAAGACACAGCUUGGUAACGAGAGCCUGGCUUUACCUGCUGAAUCUAAAACACCAGAGGUAGAAAAGAUCACAGCCCAGACAGUGACCAUGGAAACGAUCCCAGGACCCGCUAGCCCUGCAGGGUCUGAUGUCCCAGAAACAAGAGAAGCACCUCCAACUCCCAGCGAAAGCAGCCUGGAGAUUUCCCAGCCUCUACUGACCCCUAAGUCUGAAUUUCCACUGAGCACGCUAGAUCCCAACAGUAUUCCAGAAUUUCCUCAAGUGAAAACAUCCCCCCCUCCUGAAAAACCCAAGGGAACACUUGCUUCAGACGAAAUGCCGUGGAUUACCUCGACCCCCAAAAUGUCUGAGCCUCCAAAAUAUCUCCAUCCUGAAUCUGCCUUGCCUGACUUGACGUAUGUCACGUCCUCUCCUCCACCAUCCGAAAUUGCAGAAGCCACUGAGGCAGAGCCUGCAACAAGUGAAUCCGUUCUGAAAUCUGCCCCGCCUUAUGCUUCUGGUGUUCUUGAAUGGCCAACGGCAACACUAGCUUCAAAAGCAACCCCCUUUGUGCUUCAUGAACUGAGAACCUCUGCCAGCCCUGAAAUGCAGCAAACGACGUCUGCUCCCAGGCCAACCAAAUCGAUCCCUACGACACGUAAACCAAAACGCACCAAGCCCAAACUACCGCAACGCAAACCUGAAAAACCCAGAGUUUUGGAAACCACUCCAUCUAAAGUUUCUCAAAGCCCUCAGCUACCAGGGACAACACUGGCUCCCAGUACAACACAAUUUAUCUCUUCAAAACCUAAAAUCUCCUCCAGCCCCGAAGUUUCGCAGCCCAGCACUGUGUUAAGCUCAGAAGCAACACCUAAGCCUAAAUCUACCUCUAUUGACUUUGAAGGUCCCCAGGCAACAACCGGGCCCAGGGAAACAGAGUACUUUACUCCAAAGCCAAAACCACCGACCACACCCAAAAUGCCUCUAACCAAAACCGUUCCUAAAGAGACACCUCCUGUUCUCCCAAAGCCAGAACCAUCCCCAAGCUCAGAAGUGCCACAGAUUACACCUGGCUUGGGACCUGAAAGAGAGGGAACAACCACCUCGGUGACAAUAGCAUCCAAAACGACCAAACGGCCACGACGUCCUCGCCCUCAAACUCGUCCUCGUCCUAAACUUAAAACCACACCGAGCCCUGAAGCAACUCAGACCAAACCUGGCUUGGAACCUAUUACAUAUAAAGCUGAAUCCUCAAAGGCAACAAUAGCUCCAAAGCCAACAAAACGACCACGUUUGCGUCCCAAACCUCAAACCACAGCAACCCCAGAAGUGUCCCAGAUCAAACCUGCUCCAAAGCCACCAAAGCCGUCGCCGCAUCCCCGCCCCAAACCUACAUCAGCAUCGAGUCCAGAAGCUUUGGAGACCAGGCCUGCUCCCAAAGCAACAAAGCGAACACGUCUUCCACGACCCAAACGUAAAACCACCCCAAGUCCAGAAGCUCCUCACACCAAACCUGCUUUGGUAGAAGAAACUAGUAUCCUCCCCAGGUCUACGACACCACCAAGCCCAGAAAUGCCAAAGACAGAACCUGUAAUCCUGCAGCACAUACCAACCGAAGUCCAACUACCGAAGACAGAAAUAGCUCCCAAACCACUCAAACCAACGCGGCCUUUUCAUCCCAAACGUAAAACAACUCCAAGUCCAGAGGCAUCUCUUUCCAGACCCGUUUCUGGUGUAACCCUGGAACCUAUUUCAUUUAGCCCCGAAUCGCCCAAGACAACGCUAGUCCUGGAAUCUACUGGCUCUGUAACUGAACCAACCACUGCCACAAUAGUUCCCAAACAGACACCGCGCGUUCCGCCCAAACCCAAAACACCGCCAAGUUCAGUCACGCCACAGACCAAGCCUGUUUCCAAAGAAUCGCGAUGGGUCUCUUCCAAACCAAAGUUGUCACCGCGCUCAGAAGUGUCACAGACCACACCUGCCCAGAAAGUCGUCAAAACUGAACCCUCAAGGACCACGACAAUGGCUCCUGAAGAGAAAAGUGUUCCUUCUCAACCUAAGUCAGACCUGAGUCCUGAUGUACCUCACAUUACUAAUGUUCCUAAAGAUGGCCACAUUCCACAUAAACCAAGCCCAGCUGUUUCUCAGACUAAACCUGUCCUGGAACCUGUCACGUUUAGAAUGGAGCGUCCAAAGUCAACCACGGCUCCUGUCGGGACCCAAGUUAUUCCCCGUAGACCUAAAACUUCAAGCCAAGACGUGUCUUCAACUACUCAAGCAGAAACCACCCAAACCACCCGAGAGCCAGUAACUACUAAGACACCUCGCACUCUUUAUCGGACAAAGUCUACUCAAGCACCACGUAAAACACUUUCACCCCCAGGGAGACCCAGGCUACCAGAUAAGCCACAGGUCAGACCUGGUGACAAACAACCAGUGCCCGUUGACUUCGGCAAACCAUCUAGUGGCAGCAAAAACACUACUUUGGACUCUCCUGACCCUGAAAAGAAACUGGCCUCGCCCCCAGGCAUCCACCGCCCUCCCGUGCCACCCGCCAAACCCACGCCCGCGCGGAGAAGGCCCCUACCGCCAAACAACGUGACUGGGAAGCCAGGAAGCACAGGGGUCAUGUUGCCAUCACGAGUUACUUCCCCUCCUUGGAGGAUGGACGUCAAAUCCACUGGAGCAGCUGCCCCUGAGGAGAUUGAGACUCAGAAAAGACAACCGACAGCCUCGGCUUCCAACGCAGAAUUUGGCAACUCAACUGACUCCAGCUCUAGCCCUACGUCACAGACUGACUUUCAGGGAAAACAGAGGUUCACUGCUCCUCACGUGCGCUACAUACCGAAGCCCGAGGACGUGCCCUGCUCCAUCACCGAUACCCUGCACCGGUUCCCCAAAGAGGAGGGAUCGAAGGAGAAUGCCACAAGCCCCCCGCAGAGCCCUCCGACCAACCUCACGGUGUUCACGGUAGAGGGAUGCUCGUCGUUCGUCAUCCUGGAUUGGGAAAAAGCGCAAAACGACACGGUCACGGAAUAUGAAGUGAUCUCCAAGGAAAAUGGAUCCGUGGCUGGGAAGGGCAAGACCAUUCAAAUGACGGAUCAGACCCACUCCACGGUGGAGAAUCUCAAACCAAACACCAGCUACGAAUUCCAGGUGAAACCUAAAAACCCUCUCGGCGAAGGGCCAGCCAGCAACACGGUGGCAUUCAGUACCGAGUCAGCGGACCCAAGAGUGAGCGAGCCGAUUUCAGUGGGAAAAGACGCCAUCUGGACUGAGGUCCCGUUUAAUUCGGACUCAUAUUCGGAGUGCAAAGGCAAGCAGUACGUCAAGAGGACUUGGUAUAAGAAGUUUGUGGGCGUCCAGCUCUGCAAUUCCCUGAGAUAUAUGAUUUACCUCAGUGACUCACUCACAGGGAAAUUUUACAACAUAGGAGAUCAGAGGGGACAGGGAGAGGAUCACUGUCAGUUUGUGGACUCCUUUUUAGACGGGCGGACGGGACAGCAACUAACUCCUGAUCAGCUGCCCACCAAAGAAGGCUACUUCCGGGCAGUUCGCCAGGAACCCGUCCAGUUUGGAGAAAUAGGAGGUCCGACCCAUAUCAACUACGUCCAGUGGUACGAGUGUGGCACGACGAUUCCCGGAAAAUGGUAGCUGCCGGAGCGGGGACGGCGCCUCCCGUUCGGCCGUGAAGGUGUACGGUAUUGGCCGUCUGGGCCUGCCUGUUUACUCUCUCUGAAAGUUUAAAAAUCUAAUUAAGGGCAAUAUUCAUAGUAUAGAUUGCUUACUAUAUCGGGUUUUACAGAGUCAUUUAAAGAAAGCGAACUAUAGACAUUAACAGGAUAAAGUCUUGGGAAGCUGGCUCCCUGAUCGUGGCAUUUUAAGAGAUGCGGUUUGUAUAUUAUUUAUCACAGUGUUGUAAUAAAUGUUUCGAGGCACAUUUAUGGCAAAGUUAAUGUCUAAAGCUGCAGUAUAGGUUAAUUUUAAAUACAAUGUUCACUUUAAUCAUUGUAUAGGAAAAUCAGGUAAUUUUGUGAAACUCCAUUCUCCUGCUACCAUUUAAAUUUAACUUAUUGGCCCAAUCUAGCUUCCAUUGUGACUAAAAGUAAUUAUUCCGUAUUUACCUUAAGCCAGACUUAACCCUCCAUGUGAUAACUUUACAUACACGUCAGUUUCUAGAAAACAUGGAGAUUGAAGCUUUUCUGGAAAAGCUUACACUUAUUCUCAACCACAUGCUAAACUAACGUAGAGAUGCUUGUGAAAUGAAAGUUUAUCUAAGUUAAAUUUCAGCCUGUCCUGCAUACUUUGUACUCAAAAAUUCAGUGUCCCGGCUAUUUUCACUAUGCCGUAGAGUGAGAAAGAGCCUCUUCUUCAGGCAUUGCUCAGACUGCGACAGUUGAGUUCCAAGCUCGGAUUCUGAAGUAUGAGCACAAAGAUGAAAUGAGAUCUACAAUGUACAGGUUGUUUACUAUAUUCAUUUUGUAUAGUUACCUGAGAAUGAAUGAAUGCAAAGGAGGAUGAGCAGAGUCUGUUUUCCUCAGUGGGGAGAGGGGAGGCCCAGAUCCGCUCUGCUUAACGUUCCUAGUUCAUCCCCAAACUCUUCCUGAGCUUUAUUACAAGGACUCCUCAAGUUCUUCCCCUCCAAGGCUAUAUUUUGUAUUGUCAAGCACUCAUGUACUCUGCAAUAAAGAGAUGUAGUUUUUUUAAAGAAUUGCAUUUUUCAUCACUAAGCUGCCACGGACAGUCGACCACUGAACCGACUUCUGACUCGUACAAUUUCACCAGACAGCCGAAUGGACACUAGCGCUUCCCUUCCAUAUCCGAUCGAGAUGGUAGACUUCCGGACAGAACCACAGGUAAACCUACGUGUCAGUUAUUCCAGUCGCCGCUUUAAGCACCCGUCUAGUUUUAGCCAACGCUCGUGUUUAAAGCAGACCUCACAGAAAGAUUUUUCUCUCCACUGAUUGCUUUUUCCUGGCUCCGAGUGAAACUUCUCUAACAGCUCUGUUUCUCCGGAGACUUGUGGUUUUAAAACGUCUGCGCCUCGUUUUGAGACUUUAACAAACUCACCGACAAGCGCUUCCCCGCAAACA